UCGCGGCCAUGCAUCCAGGCUCAUCAACCAUCACCAUGGCAUCAACCCGAAACUUCCAAAAGACUCAAGUCACAGUCCUCACCCUCGUUAGCAGCAUCUUCUUCGCGAGGGGCCUGCUGCGCGAUUGUUUCCAGUCGGUCGGCAAGGUCACGCUCGCAAAUAUCCCCCGCUGGCAAGAUCUCCUCAGAUGGGAGUCCAAGUCCAAGAAGACCCGGAAGCCGGUCGCGUUCGGACCAAAGUCGGUGGUCCUGCUGAAAUACAACACCAAGGAGGACCUCGCGAUUAUCCUCGAGCAGCUGGAGGUCAUAAUGCCCAUGGUCGAGGACGAGAGCCUGGUCAAAAUCCACAUCUGCCUUUUUGACGCGAACGACCUUGAUCCCAAGCACAUGGUCGAGCAUUUUACCAUCAAGAUCCGUCACGAGUCUACCGGCGUCUCGACGGUCUCUGUUUCGUGGGCAGGCAGCAGAAUGGGCGGCAGUGGAAUGGCAGACGGUACCGGAAGCAUCGAGAACUUGCUCCAGAGACUGCCCCCGAUUCAAGGUCGCGUCUACGCCGGCAUCUGGCACCAGGCGCGCGAGGGGCGCUCCGAGACCCAAGAUAGCCAGCUCCAUCUUGACGCAGCAGACGACGUGCUUGCAGGGAAGCCCGGAUACGUGUGCUCCGACUGUGUGUCCAUCGACAUCCUGCCCAAGUCAACGCCCCCGCACUUGGCUAGGCCAGCCAGCACGCCGCAGCCCGACCCGGUUUCCAUGCUUCCCGACAUACCCGACUUCCCCUCAAACUUUGACGAAUUGGCCGAAAAGAGAUGGUAGUGAGCUGCAAUGCGGCUGUCACGUCACUGCCCUGGUCUGGGCCGAGGCUGAGCUGAGGUGGCAGUCCAUCCGAUGGACCACAGUCUCAUAUGGAUUACAGUCCCAUGUGUGCUGCAAACGGGGAGGUUACACCAGCUGGGACGAAGCGAGGGCGCCAGCAGGCUGCAGGUGUUGUGGGCUGUGAGUGGCCGGAUUGACGCCUGCGGUGUGAUGGAUCAUGCGCUGGCCUGCUUACAUAUGGAUGUACCGGGUUAAACCCCAGGC